UUUCCUCCACUGGACUAACCAAGCCAAUUUACAACAUUACCCCCAAAAGCACAGUGACCACCACCUCCAAACAAUUUACCUAACUAACAUGUGACCGGUAACUCCUCCUCAUCUUCCACCUGCUCUCUCCCACUCAGUAACUUUCAUCGAAUCAAACUAUUUUACAGCUUUAUCUCCCUACCUUUCCCUUCUCUCUCACACGCACAUACACAAAAGUACAAAACCACUGAACCUCUCUCUCUCUUUUCUGCAUCUCGCCUACCCUUUCUCUUAUCUUCCAAAUCCACCAAAAAAGAAUCAAUUUUUUAAUCCCCCAGAAGCAAAAGCAAAAAAAAAAAAACCAACCUUUUUCUCCCUCAAUCAACGCAAGACGCUUAAAUAACAAUCCACCCUCGUUCUCUCUCUCUCUCUGACACGCACUCCUCCUCCUCCUAGGUGGAAUUGGAAUUGGGGAUCUACUAGAUGGGCCUAAUCAGAAGCAUGAGAUCGCGGUCACAGCGUGUGGUGCAGGAGCAAGAAGCUGCUGAGUGUGUCGGUGUCGUCGUCGGCGACAGCAUGCGACAGAGUUGUUGGGCCAACAUGCCCCAAGAGCUUCUCCGAGAGGUCCUCCUCCGAAUCGAGGCCUCCGAGGACACGUGGCCGCCGCGGAAGAGCGUCGUCUCCUGCGCCGGCGUCUGCCGCAGCUGGAGACAUAUCACCAAAGACAUUGUCAAAACGCCCGAACUCUCCUCCAAGAUCACCUUCCCCAUUUCUGUUAAACAGCCUGGCCCAAGGGAGAAUCUCCUACGGUGCUUUAUAAAGCGCAACCGGUCCACCCAAACAUACUAUUUGUUUCUCAGUUUAACCAGUACGCUAGCUGAAGAUGGGAAGUUCCUUCUUGCUGCACGCAAAUGCAGACGUCCAACCUGCACAGAUUAUAUCAUCUCUCUUGACGCAGAUGAUAUGUCAAAGGGAAGCAACUCCUAUGUUGGGAAACUAAGAUCAAACUUUCUUGGAACAAAGUUCACAAUCUAUGAUAGCCAGCUGCCUCAUACAGGAGCAAAGAUUAUGAAAAGUCGCUCCACAAGGCUGGUGAAUCUAAAGCAAGUUUCACCCAAGGUUCCUACAGGCAACUAUCCAGUGGCCCAUAUUUCAUAUGAAUUGAAUGUGCUAGGCUCAAGGGGUCCUAGGAGAAUGCAUUGUGUCAUGGAUUCCAUUCCUGCCACUGCAAUUGAACCUGGAGGUGUAGCACCUACACAGACUGAGUUUUCUCUUAACAACAUAGACAUGUUUCCUUCAUUCCCCUUUUUUCGAUCAAAAUCAAAUCGUGUGGAAAAUUCCAUGUCUGGACCAUUGGUUGAUCAAAAGGAUGGGAUGCUAGUGUUGAAAAACAAGGCCCCUAGGUGGCAUGAGCAGCUGCAAUGUUGGUGCCUGAACUUUCAUGGACGGGUGACAAUUGCCUCAGUUAAAAACUUUCAGCUGGUGGCUUCUGCAGAAAACGGACCUGCUGGACCAGAACACGAUAAGAUCAUCCUCCAAUUUGGAAAAGUUGGGAAGGAUUUGUUUACAAUGGAUUACCGGUACCCUAUCUCGGCAUUUCAGGCAUUUGCAAUCUGCCUCAGCAGUUUUGAUACCAAGAUUGCUUGUGAAUGACAUGUUUAAACAGUUUCAAUCCAGAUUAUAUAGCUAUAUCUCUUGCUGCUUGGAGAAGUAUGGCUUGAAUGUCACUUGUUGGGAAGCAGACAGAUGAAAAAUGUUUGUCAAGGUAAAGAUUGGUUGGAUGAGCAUUGAACUGAAUUCGAAAAAACCAUUCAGUUUCUGGGAUCACAAUUUACCAGCUCUUGGGAAGAUAACAUAAAAUUGGAAUGUUACUUGAAACUCCUCCACCAUAUCCCACAAAACAAAACACAAAAACGGGAAAAAUACAUUUAUUCAGACCCCCGUGUACAUAAAUUCUCUAUUUCUUUCAACAGUUUGGUUGUUUAUUGUAAUGUAGUAGUGGUUGUUUAUAACAUGUCCAUGCAAGACAUGUUUUGUUAAUGUGACUACUAGCUUUCAACUUAUCCUUUCAUGAGAACAUUUUGUGUUGGGGGGGACUCUUGCAAGAACACAAGCAGAAGCAACUUGCUAUGUGCAACUCCUUUCGUUCCGUAAUCCACUCUUGACUUGGUCUUUCCAAAACAGUAACACACUGUUCUAAUACAGUGCAUGUCACGAGGGAUAAAUGCCACUUGCUGUAUUAUUCUCUUGACUAAGGAAUAAACCCUCCUUGGCUUUGUAUAACAGAUUAUGUUAUAUUUACAAAUUA